AUGAAUAGAAACAAAGUCUUCACAAAGGCUCCGAAAAAACCAUACGUAAGUUCGAAAACAUCAGAUCGUCGGCAAGCUGCAGGAUCAAGUGUUUAUUUACAAAGACAAAAACAACAAGCAUCGCAAAUACCACCUGAAGUCAUAAAUCAGCUGAAAUCCUCGAGUGGCCCUUCGAAUUCAAAGGCCGUGCUUAGACAUGACCCCAAAACUGGCAAGACUUGGUAUGAUGCCACAUUAACCGAUUGGGAUCCUAGUCACUAUCGAUUAUUUGUAGGUAAUGUAGGAGAUGAUGUUACAGAGGAACUGCUCAUCCAAACGUUCAUGAAGUAUAAAUCAUUAUCCAAAGUGAAAAUACCGAAGGAGGAGGGAAAGGACGGUAACAAAGGAUAUGCUUUUCUCAGCUUUGCCGAUGCAAAAGAUUAUUUACACUGCUACAAAGAAAUGAAUGGGAAAUAUGUCGGGAGUAAACCGAUAACUUUAGAACGAGCAAAGACCGAAAUAGGUGAUGUUGUUAAAGUAAACAAAAGCAGUAUUAAGAGAACCAGCAUCAAAAAAAGGUAUUGA